CGAGCUGGCAGCAGUUGCUGCAGUGUUCCGGCAACCGCUUCUGAUAGCAAGUCUAGCUUGCUAAAGCCGAGUGCAGUAGCGCACCAUCCAACAACUACAAGUCGUCGGGUGUUCGACGCCUUCGCUGUAGCCAUCUCGGUAAUAAACGCCUGUUCUCCGACAUUCGCUGUUAAACGCUUCCUCUGUCUUCCGUCCUUGGCGCCUGCGAGUUUGGCCACACUCCAGAGCUGGCCAAAAUAUAAACACUAAGUGUACAGUAUGCGCACGCGCAUGCAUGAAUUCUGGUAUUGGAUUGUGUAAAAGAGUAUCGUAACUAUCGUAACAACUGAUGAAGUUUCAAUAGCUUUGAAAGGAUGUAAGAUUUCAGUAAAAAUCCAUUUUUAGAGUAUCAUUAAUUUCAGCAUUGGCUAACAAAAAAGUUUCUCAUCUGGAACAAUGUCUGAAAAUAUUGUUAAGUUUGCUAAAGUAAAAUGUGCGCCUGAGUCAAGUUUUUGGGCAAAGUUUGCUGAAUUAAAAAUUGACAAAUAUAAAUUAGAGGAUAAAGUAAAAAUUCCUCUGUGGGCAAGUUACAAUUUUGAAUCAUUAAAUGAGCAACAAGCAAGUAUACUAUUCCUCGACUAUACCUCAUUUAAUAAUGAUUUAGAAGCAACAUCCCAUAAAUCUGCAGUUCCAUGCAAUGGUUUUAUGAUCAAUACUAACACAUUGGAAAUGUUUAGACAAACCAAUCCUCAAGAGUUUAUAAAUACACUUGGAAAAGAACUUGUUAGUUCAUUAGAAAAUGGUUUAGCUGUAAAAGAACCAUGGAGAUUAAUGAUUUUUGUUAUACUUUGUUAUGCCGAUUUAAAAAAGCAUAGAUUUCAUUAUUGGGCAGCAUAUCCAACACCUUUUGAUUUACCAGAAAUGCAUUAUGCAAAACCACAAGUAUCAACUACUGAUGAGCUUACAGCUGAUCAAAUGCAAAGUUUUCAAAAGGGAUUUUCACAUUUGAAUGCAUGUGCUAGAAGCUAUUUUACUGUUAUAAUUUCGAAAGAAUCAACAUUAGAGGUGGCUAGUUUGGCACGAGGUAUUGAAAUUAAAAAUACAAGUGACAAGGAGAAUGAAGCAGAUUUAUAUUUUGCCUUUUAUGAUCCCUGCUUACAUAUUACUGCUCCAGGCUGGCCAUUGAGAAAUCUCUUGUGCCUUUUGUUUAUCUCAUGUCCCAACAUAUGCUUUGAAAAAUGGAUAAAAAUUAUAUCAAUUCGUGGUUGCAACGUUGAAAAUUCGGUAGUAUAUACAAUAAGGACUAAGGAACAGAAAAAUCCAAAAACACUGCAGAAAAUAUUAUUAGAGGGUAAUUUAGUAGGUUGGGAGUCUAAUGUUCGUGGAAAAAUGGGUCCAAGUAUUGCUGAUCUGUCUGAAACAAUGGACCCAGUAAAACUAUCAGAUAGAGCAAUCACUUUGAAUUUAAAACUGAUGAAGUGGCGAUUAGUACCUGAAUUAGAUUUGGAAUACAUAAGCAGUCUAAGGUGUCUUGUAUUGGGAGCUGGAACACUAGGCUGUUCAGUAGCUCGAGUUUUGCUUGGUUGGGGCAUUCAAACUAUAACGUUUGUUGACAAUUCAGUUGUGGCUGCCAGCAACACAGUUCGACAGAAUCUCUAUACGCACGAGGACGUUGUAAAUCGAAAGUUUAAAGCUGAAGCGGCCAAGGAUGCUUUGUUAAAAAUUCAUCCGAAUUUGAGGGCUAGAGGUGAAGUUUUGCAGAUACCAAUGCCUGGCCAUGUAGUGGGUCCAAGUAUGCUGGAGUCUACAAUUGUGGCUAUUAAAAAAUUGCAAGAGCUAUACUCGGAGCACGACGUGGUUUUUCUCUUGUUGGACUCGCGAGAGGCUCGUUGGUUGCCAACCCUAAUGUGCGCCGCUCACAACAAGAUUGCCAUAAAUGCCGCCCUAGGCUUUGACUCUUAUACCGUCCAACGACACGGAACCAGACAAGAGCCAAGUUCUAUAUCUCCAAACGCGAUGCUGCAAAGUCUCCAGGGUAAAGACCUGGGCUGUUACUUUUGUAACGAUGUCACGCAGCCAGGCAAUUCACAAGUCGAUCGAACUUUAGAUCAGCAAUGUACCGUCAGCCGACCGGGUUUGUCUUACGUUGCUGCCGGCUUGGCAGUGGAGUUGAUGGUUGCUCUUAUUCAGCAUCUCGAUAAGGUAGAAGCUCAGGCCUUGUCCAAGGAGAGCAAGGACGACUCAACACAAGGUCUACUCGGUGGUGUACCACACACAAUUCGUGGUUCGCUGUGGAAUUACGAACAGUUCUUAACCGUGACCCACAGGUUCGCUUCGUGCACGGCAUGCUCGACUCCCGUGAUUGAUGAAUAUCGUGCAAGAGGCGCUGAUUUUGUACUCGACGCCUGCAAUCAGCCAAACUACUUGGAACGUUUAUCUGGCUUGGACGAUUUAAUGAAGCCCGGUCUCGACGAGCUCUGCUAUGCUUUCGAAUCAAGUGACGAAAACGAAGAUUGAAUGCCGCUCUUUGAAGAACAGCUGGAACAACUGCUAGAUCUUUUCCGAUCGCAACAGUAUUGCAAUAACCGUCAAAGUUCAUCAUAUAGAUGUUUUGUAUUUUUCUAUACAUUCUUUUAAAUGUGCAUUAGUUUUAAGGAGGAAUACCAAACGUUCAUGGAAUAGAUAGAUUCUGAUUGUACUCUACCUAAUAUUGUGAAAUGCAUGUGUCGGUGCAUUUACUAUGAUUUAUAACAGUACCGUAAAAUCUCCGUGUGUUUCAGAAUACCAUAAUAACCGUGAUGAGUAGUGCAAGAAACUUAAUAAUGUUAAAGUGGCAGUUGUAUGCUAACGUUCGCAUAUAUUUCCGUACGACAAUAAAUUAAAAAUAAUUGUUAAUCAUACAAAUUCCCAGGGAGAAUAAGUAUGGCUUUUAUCAGAAAAAAUAACUAAAAAUUAAAAGUUCGAAUUGCCAUGGAAAAUCAU